AUGUCUUCAGUUAUGGAUGUGCAGUAUUGUUAUCCAUCAUUAAAUGACUCCUGUAUAAGACGUUCAAGGACCAUAAUAACUCAUAUUGCUCUGUAUAUAUCUGCAAUGAUCUUUGUGACAAUCACAGUUUGUGGAAACUUAGCAGUAAUUAUUUCAAUCUCCCAUUUUAAACAGCUGCACUGCCCAAAUAAUGUUCUGGUGUGUUCACUGGCAGUUGUUGAUUUCCUUGUUGGCUUUAUCAUUAUGCCGUACAGCAUGGUAAGAACCAUUGAGUCCUGCUGGUAUUUUGGAGACAGAUUCUGCAAAAUCCAUUCUAGUUUUGAUGUCAUGUUCUGCACGUCUUCUAUAUUUCACCUUUGCUUUAUAGCAGUUGACCGUCACUAUGCUGUAUGUGACCCACUCCAUUACUAUUCAAAAAUUACCUUUACAGCUGUUGCACUGUUUGUAGCAGUCAGCUGGGCAAUUCCAUCAUUGCUUGCUUUUGGGAUUGUAUUAUCUGGAAUAUGUUUGACUGGAAUUGCAGAUUACAUGACCUCAAUCAGUUGUGUUGGCCUCUGUGUCCUAGUACUAGAUAAGUUGUGGACUGUAUUGUCUGUUUUUGUUGCAUUCAUUAUUCCAACUAUAGUCAUGGUUUGUAUUUACAUUAAGAUUUUUAUUGUAGCCAAGAGGCAUGUCAGAGUAAUCAAUAAUAUGGUUGAAAGCAUCAAAAGCAGCAAACUGCAGAUUUCAAGCAAAAAUGAAAGAAAAGCAGCUAAGACAUUAAGUAUAGUAAUGGGGGCAUUCAUCUUGUGUUGGCUUCCAUAUUUUGUUGCAAUGAGUUUCGAUCCAUUUCUUAAUUAUGCAACACCAGUUGUUCUGUUUGAUGUCUUUAUGUGGCUUGCAUACUCCAAUUCAGGUUUUAAUCCUAUAAUUUAUGGUUUCUUUUAUCCAUGGUUUCAAAAAGCACUACACGCAAUCUUAAGUGGUAAAAUAUUUUGUCACAACUCUUCUGCAAUGAAUCUUUUCCUAGAAACACAUUGA